AUUACGCUCAUGAUAUGUUAACUUCGGUUACUCACUUUUUGUUUGUUCGAAACUGAACAUGAAGUCAGUAACUGAUAUUUUGAGAGAAGCUCAGGCUUUCGGUUUGAAUCCUGAAGUUAUUGAAAGAUUAUUAGAACAUGAACAAGCAAGAGACGAACGCGAGGAGCGAGCUUCUGAACGAGAGAUAAAAAAGUUAGAAUUAGAAUUAGAAGAGGCCGAUAAGCGCCGCUCUCACGAACUGGCUAUGGCCCAGUUAUCAUGUUCUAAUGCCGAAAGUAAGAGUACGUCUCUUCAAAUGUAUGAUAAUUUCCGAUUGCCUACUUUUCACGAUGGCCAAGAUGAGAUAGAUAGCUAUUUGCAAAGAUUUGAGCGGUUAGCUGCUCUACAUAAAUGGGAUAAACAAGAUUAUCACGUGUAUUUAGGAUCAGUUUUGAGAGGCCAUGCGUUGAAAGUUUACGUAUCAUUACCUGACGAGACGGUGAAAGACCACGAGAAGUUGAAAGAGGCUUUACUCAGAGCUUACUCGGUGGAUGCCGAUAGGUACAGACGUUUGUUCAGGGAGAGUAAAUGUGGGGAGAAAGAAUCUUACAUUCAAAUGGUAGUUCGAAUGGAGCAGUACUUAGACAGAUGGAUUUUCUUGAGUGAUAUUGAUAAGGAUUAUAAUUCACUCUUCGACUUCUUGGUCAGAGAACAGCUUCUUAAUAAUUGCAGUGCUGAUUUAAGGGUUUUCUUAAAAGAACAUCAUUAUAAUAGUGCUACCGAAAUGGCAGAGGCUGCGGAACGAUACAGGAGUGCGCAUAACUUUCGCGGUCGAUCGCAGAGGAUUUCUCAGCAAAGUAAGACUAAUGUAACGAAGGAUAGUGAACUAAUUUGCCAUGGAUGUGGUAAGGCUGGUCACAUUAGGCCUCAAUGUCCUGAAAAUCCUAGAAAUUAUAAGAAAAUAAGCACUAGCAAAGCUAACUUUGUUUUUGAGUCGGAACUUAAACCAAACAGGUGUAUAAUUGAUGAUAAUGGGUGUGUUUUCAAUAAACGAGCUGAAGUAAUGUUGGAUUCUGGUUGCUCUACAAUUGUUGUGAAGGACAGUCUCGUGCCAUCAAAUUACAAAUAUGGGAAACUCGUGAAGGUGUAUGAUUACUUGGGAAUUUCUAAUUAUUUUCCUCAGAUAAGGUGUUUUAUUAAGUCAAAGUUCUUUACUGGCUGGGUUAAUGCCAUAGCAGCGCCUAUAAAAUUUGCAGACAUAUUAAUUGGCCUUUUUCCAGGUGUUAAAAUCCCGCCUGACUCCAAACCUGCCAAUCUUGAUCUUGAUCCUUUCGAAUCGUCGGAAGAUCCUCGCUCCCCCCCUUCUAACUCUCCGAAUCAUUUGCCUAAGGAUCUGAGGUGUUUGCUGAAUAAAUUACGAUUGCAUGGCUUAACGGCUGGUAUAAGUAAGUGCUUCUUUGGGUAUAAUAAAAUAAAUUAUCUUGGAGUUGUUCUUGGAGAGAAUGUUAUUAAACCACCUGAAGACAAAAUUAAAGCUAUUGAGUUAAUGCCUUUGCCAGAUACCAAAAAGGAACUAAGAUCUUUUAUUGGAACAAUUUCAUACUAUAGAAAAUUCAUACCAAAAUUUGCUAACAUUAGUGCUCCUAUGGACGAGCUACUGAAGAAGAAUUCAAGUAAUAAACUGAAUUGGAACAAUGAACAAGUUUCUAGUUUUCUUGAGUUAAAAUCCAAACUCUCGGAUAAACCAAUCCUGUGUCUUCCUGACUAUUCGAAGACCUUUUUCUUACGGUGUGAUGCUUCCGAGAAUGGCAUUGGGGCGGUUUGCUUCAGGAACAUAAUGGAACAAAGAUGCCUAUAG